GAGAGAGAGAUGCUGGCGAAGGAAUCGGCGCCGGCGGCGACGUUCGACCUGCCGGAGGAGGUACUGGCGGUACUGCCGUCGGACCCGUACGAGCAGCUGGACGUGGCCCGCAAGAUCACCUCCAUGGCCCUCUCAACCCGCGUCUCCUCCCUCGAGUCCGAGUCCUCCGACCUCCGCGCCAAGCUCGCCGAGAAGGACCACAGUAUCGCCGACCUCCAGUCCCAGGUCGAGUCCCUCGACGCCUCCCUCGCCGACGCCCUCGACAAGCUCUCCCGAUCCGAGCUCGAGAAGGAGAAACUGGUGAAGGAGAACGAAUGGCUGACGACCACUGUGGAGAAGUUGAGCAGAGAUGCUUCCAAGUGGGAAAUCUUCAAAAAGACGCUCAUGCAAUCCCUACAAGAGGAUGAAGACAGUUCUGGCCCUGCACGAGCUGGCGCUUCACAUAUCAUUGCAAACCCAACACCAAGCGGCAAUAAAGAUCAGAUGAAUGCGGAGGAUAGCAUGGCUGAGGACACAGUUGUGACAACUACUCCCUCAGUUCCUGUAUUUGGCCAGCAACCGAUCUCACCACAACCUUCGACUGGGUUCAUGUUCAAUCCACCGGCUUCAACGGUGUCUAACCCUUUCCAAUUUGGAAGUCAACAGAACCUGGCCACCCCGCCGAAUCCUUCCCCAUUUCAGGCUUCUGGCAGUUUAGAUCUAGGUGGAGGGAGCUUCUUACUUGGAACCGGUGGUGACAAGUCUGGUCGUAAAAUCAUAAUAGUUAAGCACAAGCAAAGGAGAAAAUAGGAUAAAUUUUGCUUCGGCGCAGCUGGUGGAUUGAUGUUCGGGAUCUUGGUUAUUUGUGAUCGGUUGGCAAUGUCUGGAGAUAAUAAUUUGAUCGGAGGAACUAGGUAUUCCUUGUGAUGAGGUAACUCUUGGUCGCAGCGAUGGUCAACGAAGCCUCACCAGGUUUCGCCCUUGUUCUCUAUUAUUUUCCUCUCAAAUUUUCGCUUGCGACGUAAGUUGUCACAAUUUUGUAUCCGACAUUGUAGCGAAUCUGUGGACCUCUUCCUGUACUAGUAUGUGUGCUAGCCUCGUGGUCGUCGUAGGUGGAGAUUGUCUGCUCCCCACGCCCUGCCCCUCUUCUACUGCGCGCUCCUGAUAUGGAAAUCAUAUUUGUCAUCUUAAGAAAGCCGCCGGUUAGGU